AUGGAUUUAGUGCCCCGGCUGCUCCGAUCCCGUUCUUGCUGCCCCUUGGAGAUCGGCAACAUCUUGGACCAAGACCAGCGCGAGCUGAUUGGCGACUUCUCCAAGGCUUACGUCCUCCAGACGGUGGAAGGGAAACACCAAGAUCUCAAGUACAUCUCUCCAGAAAUGAUGGCGGCGGUCCUGAAUGGCCAGUUCAACAGCCUCAUUGAAAACUGUGUGAUUGUGGACUGCCGAUACCCCUAUGAAUACGAAGGCGGCCACAUCAAGGUUAGUUCUCCGGCUGCGGCUUCUCCACCCAAAUGAGCAGGUUGGCAUGAAUGAAUGAGGCAGAAGGGAAGAUUGGUAGC